CUGAAGAUAAAAUUACAAUCUCUUGAAAACAUCAACUGAUCUUAUCAUGGCUUUCUCCAUUACCAACCUCCUUCUCUUCCUCUCUAUUUGCCUCACAACAUGCUUAGCUCUACCUAGUGACUUCUCUAUCCUCGGUUACUCGGAAGAUGAUCUAAAAACCGAAGAUAGGUCAAUCGAUCUCUUCGAAUCUUGGUUGGCGAAGCAUGGCAAGUCCUAUGCAAGCUUUGAAGAAAAAUGGCGUCGGUUUGAGGUUUUCCUAGACAAUCUCAAGCACAUCAAUGAGAGGAACAAACAAAUCAGCAGCUACUUUCUUGGUUUGAAUGAAUUUGCAGACAUGACUCAUGAGGAAUUCAAAGCUAAGUAUCUUGGACUAAAUAGACCUCAACUUCCAGCAAGAACUAGGGAUGGUAAUCCUCUAAACUUCAAGUAUGAAAAUGCUGCCAACUUGCCAAAAUCCAUGGAUUGGAGAAAGAAGGGUGCAGUAACUGCAGUAAAAAAUCAAGGAGCAUGUGGUAGUUGUUGGGCAUUCUCAACAGUGGCUGCAGUGGAGGGAAUAAACCAGAUUGUUACUGGGAAUUUAACAUCACUAUCAGAACAAGAGCUCAUAGACUGUGAUACAGAGUUUAACAGUGGCUGCAAUGGAGGGCUGAUGGACUAUGCCUUCUCAUAUAUAGCCUCUAAAGGUGGCCUUCACACUGAGGAUGACUACCCUUACAUCAUGGAAGAAGGCACUUGUGAUGAGAAAAGGGGUGAACUUGAAGUUGUGACCAUUGAAGGAUAUGAAGAUGUUCCACAAAACAAUGAACAGAGCCUCAUCAAAGCUUUAGCUCAUCAACCUGUUAGUGUUGCCAUUGAAGCUUCAGGGAGAGAUUUCCAGUUCUACAGUGGAGGAGUGUAUGAUGGACAUUGUGGGAGUGAGCUUGAUCAUGGAGUGGCAGCCGUUGGAUAUGGAACAUCCAAGGGCCAAGAUUACAUCAUAGUGAAGAACUCAUGGGGUCCUAAAUGGGGAGAGAAAGGGUACAUUAGGAUGAAGAGGAACACUGGGAAACCUGAAGGGCUUUGUGGUAUUAAUAAGAUGGCUUCUUAUCCUACAAAGAAGAAGUAAUAUUAGAACACAUUAAUUUGUUUGUUUUAUUAUCAUUUAUUAUCAAUCAAGCAAUAUUGAUUUCUAUUUUUCUUCUUUGUUUCUUAUUAUUUCCAUGAAGAUGUAACUCUUGGUCUUGUUAUGUACCUUUCUAAUAAAAAAAAUUUAC